AUGAAGGCGCAGGAGCCAGGUACCGAGUUCAGGGCCAUGCUGCCUCUCAGCGGCCACGCGUGCGUGACGGCGAGCACACCGUCGAUCCUGAGCCCGCACGGCUCGGGCGCGCAGACGCCCGGGACGCACUCGAAGGCCAGCACAGAUGCCACAGAGGAGCAGGACCAGAGCGCAGGGACGCCCCGGUCGAAGACGCUGGAGGAGUUGCGCGCCAAGCAGGCGCACUGCAUCCGGGCGCUGCGGACCAGCGCCGCCCAGGUUGCUGCCGCGAGCGUGUUCGCGAACCUUCCAGGGCCCGGGCCGCCGCUGUCCAAGUCCGCAUCGCUCCCGCUGCUGGCGGAGCUGCCCUUCGCCGACUCCGAUGUCGACUUCGCGCCCGCGCCCCCGUGCACGGCGCGCGGGCCGCCGACGAGCCACAGCGGGAUGCAGGAGCUAAUGCUCGAAGCCGCCAGCGCGGCGCGCUACGAUACCAGGGACCAGAUGUCCGAGGUGCGGCGGGCCGUGCGGGCGCAGGCGCGCGAGCUCGAGGCGCUGCGGCGGCAGCAGGACCCGCUCGCCAGGGCCGUGAGCGGGCUCACAGCCGAGGGCGCCACCGCUGGCCUCGCCGCCGAGGCAGGUCGAAUCCGCGGCACCGCCGGGCCUCUGCUCAAGGAGAGCCCCGCACGGGCCCGCAAUAUUCGGAAGGCACGGGGCGCAGCCCGGAGAGCCGGCCUCGGGGAGCCCGAGCUCGGGGGCCCUCUGCGGACGGGCGCCGCGGCGGUGCACGGCGGGCCUGCGCAGCUGCCCGGCAGCACGGCAGAGGAGGCCGAGUUCGAGGGGACCGUCGUGCAGUUUGCGGAAGCCGCGGAGUUCAUCCUGCGCCCAGCUGGCGCCGUGGGCGCGCCCGCUGCCGUGCCUUUCGACGCCGCGCACGGGGCGAGGGGCGCCAUCGCCCAGGGCGACCCCGAAGGGGAGGAGGAGCGCCUGGACAGCCUCGCGGCGUUGCGCGCGGAGGUCCGCGGGCAGCAGAAGGCGAUGGCGGACCAGCAGACGGAGGCGGCGGAGUUGAGGAGGUGCGUCGAGGAGGCGCUCGCCGGGCUGCGGGCCGAGGUGCAGAGGUUGGGCCAGGAGAGUGAGGCGCAGCAGAGGGAGCUUGACAGGGUGGCCGAGAUGGGCCAUGGCCUCGUGUCGGGGGCGAACGCAUGCGCGGAGGCCGCCGCGGCUGCGCCAGCGAGGCGGAUGCCGGAGGACGAGCAGGCCUCGCCCGCCAGGCGGAGACAGGACCACUCUCUGGAGUCGGUGCAGCCCCAGGUCCAGUACGAGGUGGGCGACCUCGCGGGGCUGGAGCAGGAGCUGUGGCCCCGCCUGCAGGAGAUGCACCAGGACUGCCAGGACCGGCACGACCACGCCGCGCGGCUGGUCUCCGACCUGGAGAGCAGGAUGACGGAGGAGUGGACGGGCCUCCGCGGCUGGGUCGAGGCGGCGACCGUCGCCGUGGUGAAUCGGAUCAGCGCCCUGGAGUGCACUUUACGCACGGAGAUGUCGGAGCACUCGGAGCGUGUGCAGCAGGCGGGUCGCGCGCAAGACGUUGCCGCGACAUCAGCCAUUCGGGUCGCACCUCGGCGCUCGCACGGCGAGUGGGACCACGCUGGCAUGCAGCGGGGAGCAACGAGACAGCAUAAGUUGGCGUCGGUAGCCGUUCUGGCUCAAGUUUUCCGAUCGAUCGAGCUGUGUCCUGGUCUGUCGCGCGCAGCACAGUGGGGGCGCGCAUCAAGACACCAUCGACUCUUCGUCAUGGUACCCUGGGCGUCUUCGAUCCGCGCGCUGCGCUGUGACUCCCCGCGGCCGUCCGAAGAGUUGCUGCGCUCGGGGUAUGCAGGCAGCGUCGCACGCCCUGCAUCAAGCCAGGGUGUCCUGGCUUCCGUCGACACCAUCGCCCGCGCGAAGGAGUGGGUGGCAGCGGACGGUUUCUACCACCCUGUACGUCCCGAGCUAAUGUCGGAGGAUUUUGUCUGGGAGGGCCCAGUGGUCGGCCCUCUGAACAAGGUCGAUCUCAUCGGCACCGUCGGCACGUUCAAGGUGUACGAGGCUUUUCCAGAUCUGAAACAAGAGUGCUUUGGUUGGGGAGUAGACCCACGGAACGAGCUGAAGGCAUGGUGUUUUAUGCGGGUGCAGGGGACCCACACUGCAGACCUGAACGCAGGCGCGAAGAUCCCUGCCACUAGCAAGGAACUCCGGCAGAAUGUGCAAGCGAUAUCUGUCACCUUGAAUUCUGAAGGCCAGGUGGAGCGCUACACGGGGGGCUACGUGGUGGACAACCGACCCGAGGAGGGAAACACUGGAGGGCUCGGCGGUUUUUUCGGCGUGCUUGAGGCAAUAGGAGAGUGCCGACUCCAACGCCAGGUGGAAAGAUCGCUCGUUUCUUGA